GCAGUUGGUACCACUUCUUCGUGCCCCAGCAGCGAGUCUUUCCAUGUCACCCUUUCCACUAGCGAUCAAACUGCAGAGAGUCCAGCAGACUAUGUGGCAGUGGACCAAGUGCUGACGUUUGCUGCCUGUGAGAGCCAGCGUUGUGUGAAUGUGAGUCUGGCCAAUGACCUGGUCAGUGAACCGGAGGAGACCUUCUCUCUCAGUCUCACACGGUCCACCAGAUCUCACAUCUCCUUCACCUCCGCAACUGGAGUGGUGGUUAUCACCGAUGACGAUGAUAGUCCAGCUGGGGUCAGUUUCCUCCCAGUGAACGCCACAGGAGUGAGGAUCUCCUGGAGUGGCAGUGUCCACCUCCCCACCUCCAUCCACUACACCGUCUCUCUCUCCACCACCGGCAUCAUCAUGAGCCAAUACAACAGGGUCUACCCACCUGGAACCACCUCCGAUGUCGUGGUCUUGGAAGAUGACAUCACCCUUACAGACGAAUAUGUGCACAAUUUCACCCUCCACUACAUCACUCAGAAUGAUGAUGUCCCAGGAACUCAAACCAUUGCCUCCUUCACUUUCGAUAAGAAGGACUUUCAGAUUCAGUUUGGACCAUUCCACUUUUGCCUGGAUUGGGGACUGGAAAAGACAGUUCGCAUUGAGAAGCAACUGCAGAGUUAUUUGAUUCAGAUCCUCCGUAAGGAUUGUGCCGAUUGCCAUGGAUUAACCCCGUCAUUCCUGAGACCAGGACUGUUUCUCUGCCACAGUAACCCCACC